AUGGGUCAAGCAAUUGCACGCUUCCUAUCAAAAGGAACUGCUUCAGCUGCUGUUGACAAUGCUGACGAAAGCAGCCGCUUUAUCACCUGCGCAGUGAUUCCAGAACCUCCAAAGACAGCAUCUACGAUAACAACAGAAGCUCAGACGGCAGUUUCUGCCACACCCUUACCUUCUACAGCUUUCGAAAAAGCCUUAGAUGAUGACGAUCUACUAUUCGUGAGUUGGCAUCUGCUACCGGAAGAAGCAACACAAAAUUUGGAAAGGGGGGAGAAAUUACGAGCCGUGGAUUUUCGCUUCAUGGUAAGGGUCAUUGUAGAUGACAUACUAAAGAAAAAUUCAACCCCUUCCAAAAACUUUGUUGCAAAGGUUGCAGAACAGUGUGUGAAAAAAUAUCCACUGCUGAAGGAUAAAUUCAAUGCAGUUACCCUGGGCACAGGAUACGACAAUCUUGCAUACAGAUUUUAUACAAGAGUGGAAAAUGUUAGAAGAAAGCCAAACAGCUGCCAAGAUUCCUCACCCAUAAAAAAGAGAAGAGUCCAGAUCGACAGUUAUGGGUGCACAGCCUUUGAGCCUCCUUUGCCACAGGAUAUAUCAGUCGAUGAGCUUCUGACCAAAAAGGGAAUUUUACAGCAUUUAAGCAUCAGUGAUGAAGCAGAUCGAGCCAUUGAACUUAUGAAGGAGACCUAUUACCAACAGAGGAUGGCGAUAAAUAAAAAUGCGGUAAUGGAAGAAUUGAUGGUGAAUUGGCCAAUCAUGUUUACUGAAAGGGGCAUUGAAGCCCACUUUCAUCUUCUAAGUGAUAUCAAAUUAACAGACGUAUUACGAAAUAGUGUGCUGUCUAAAGGGCGGAGCCUGCUUUCCUUUUUCCGAUCGCAAAGUAGGAAGGAGGUCAAAGCGUUCAUGGCAGAAUCAGACAUGAACAUCUGCAGCCCAAAUGAACUGCUCUUGCUGGUGCUAGGCCUGGCCAAACAUUUUGACGAAUUAACUGAAGCAGUCUUCUUUAUUGAUGAGAUCUUCAAUCCUCAUAUUCCACAUCUUCACCUCCUUAAGCAUCGAUGUCUGUUUGGAAAAGGGAAUUUUGGAACUUCCGGACCAGGUUUUCCUCUGCUCUAG